GCUGGUGAAUGGUGGCUUCGUCCCCCACCGUCACAUUCGAGGCCCGCCGAAUUUUCCAGGACAAUCACACCGAGGAGCGAUUUCGCGGUGAGCUGAGCACAUCACCAAGCAGCAAACCAUACCUCCGUGACCACUUAAUCGCUUGCACAAACAACCGCCGCCUAAUCGCAAAUCACACGUACCGCCAAGAUGUUGCUCUUCUGCCCCAACUGCGCCAACAUCCUCACCGUCUCCGCCUACGCCGGCGUGCGCAACCGCCUCGAGUGCCGAACCUGCCCCUUUGAGCACGCCAUCACCGAGCCAAUCUACUCCCGCCGCGACUUUGAGCGCAAGGAGCGCGAGGACGUCUUUGGCGGGCCCGGCGAGUGGGACAAUGCCGACAAGGCGCGCGCCCAGUGCCCCAAGGACGGCUGCAACGGCGAGGAGGCCGCCUUCUUCCAGGUCCAGAUUCGUAGUGCUGAUGAGCCCAUGACUACGUUCUACAAGUGCAUGUCGUGCGGAAACAGAUGGAGAGAAAACUGA